CCCAUUUUUCUGCAAUAUCUCUUCCUUAUAUCAAAGAAAAAUAUUCAAAGGCUGUGUGUAACUUCUCCAUCCAAAACAUGGCAACUAUAGCUACUAGUCUUAACCUUGCAACUCAACGUGCCGUCAUCACCAGCGAGAAUCGACCGGUUCAUCUCGCAGGUCCUGUCCGUUUGAACUAUCCUUGGAAUCUUGGGUCAAGAACAACGAACCGGAUGGUGAGAUUUAGGCCGGUUAAAGCAGCACCGGAAAAGGGAAUAUCGGAUGUAGUGGAGAAAAGCAUUAAGGAUGCCCAGGAGACUUGUGCGGACGAUCCAGUGAGCGGAGAGUGUGUAGCUGCGUGGGAUGAGGUUGAAGAGCUUAGCGCUGCAGCUAGCCAUGCUAGAGACAAGAAGAAAGCUGAUGGUUCAGACCCUUUGGAGGAAUACUGCAAAGACAAUCCUGAGACCAAUGAGUGCCGUACUUACGACACCUGAAGGUAAUCCAGAUCAUGUUCAGGAUUCCUUUUAUUACAAAAUCUUUGUAAAUUUGUCAAUUUGGCAGAUGUAAUGUAAUAUGAAUGUUGUCUUUGAGACUCAAUUAGCUCUAAAAAACAUUGUAAUUUGGUGUUCCACAUACGAAUACAAAGGACAAAAUCUCAAUACGAGAUUGUAAUUUGGUGUUUCA